AGGGGAAGCCGACUGGCGGGCGCGCGGCCUUAACCCGUGCGACGCCGGCCAGCUCCUGCGGCAGCCGGGGAUUGCGGGAUGGAGACCGCGCUGGGAAUGGGAAUCAAGGCACGUUUCUAACCUUGCACUGGAACAAUACAUAGUCUGCGAUUCUCUUCCUCCCUCUUUCCUCUGAACCUCCCUCCGGUUAACACCUGAAAUUCGGCCUUAGAAAACACACACAUACACACACACAUACACACGAUGGAAUUUGUUCCAUAUCUUUUUUUUUUUUUAAACCUUCGAGAGGCAUAAAUCCAAACCUAAAAUUAAAAACAUCCCCAAAUUUGGUUUUGGGAAUCACGUUGGCUUUUCCUCUUCAGCGGCAUUCCUUCUCCAGUGCUGCAUAAGGACUGCUACUUUCUCGGGGUGGGAAGUAUCAAAAGGAAACGGUGUGUGUGUGUGCGCGCGCGCGCGUUUAUUUUUGGCGCAUGCACACCCCUCGGUAGCCUCAAGGUCGGCGACACCCUGAGCAUUCGGGCCCCCGCCUACAGGGCUUGUUCCUGCCAGCCAAGGACUCGAGAAGGAGGGAGUCCCCGGUCUCAGCUGGGCGCCUGGGACUCGGUUCAGUGUUUAGCACAGUCAGUACCGAAGCAGGGGCAGCCAGGUGGGAGCUGGGCGCCCCAAAGGUGGACCCCAAUCAGCAGCGAGUGGGCAGCGGGGGCCCGGCUCGCCUGCGCCUCGAGGCUCCCCGGCCGGCUCUCUGCGCCCUGGAGCUGGGGAUCCGGGGGCGCUCUCCCGGGCCGCAAGCAGGCAAGGCACGGAAUUUGACGCCCGGAGAGGCAGCUGGUCCUGCUUAGGACUCCUGAUUCUCCUCAGAUGGAAACAGUUUCUCCCGGUGAACCUGCCGGAAUUCCCAGUGGACUCGCACUUCGGCUUUGCCCACUGGCGCAUUUAACCAAGGCCGCAUUUACCGCUUUGAGGCAAAUUUGAGCUUCAAAUGGAGCGGGACUCCUGCUUGCAGAAUGAGGUAAACCACAAGGAAAGCCAGUCAUAAGAAAUGUGUUAAAUGAAGAUGGAUCAGAAAAACAGAGUACACAGUAUCGUGGUCCACAGUAGGGUCUACCACAGGGACCAGGUUCAUGAAAUUUUCAGGAAUUAAAGUUAGUCCUGAGGAAAGUUCAUGAAUGUCUAAUGCUGGACUGUGGUAUUUGGAGCUCUUCAUCACACAUGACAGAUUAACCAGAUAUCCUGAGGACCUGUGGAAUUUGCACCUGUGGGAGCAUCCCAGGGUUCCAUGGCUGGACUCAAAUGGCAAGACUCUGGUUUCGAAGAGUAGUUUGAUUCUUGCUGAGAGAACUACAAAAGGAUGGACUCCAGCAAGAGAAAAAGUGAAUCUAAGGAAUGGAGUGGGAUAUAAGCAAUAGCGGGACAUGGAUGAAUCUGGAAACCAUCAUUCUCAGAAAACUGACAGAAGAACAGAAAAUCAAACACCACAUGUUCUCACUCACAGCAAGAGGUAUGCAAGGCUGAUUUCUUGUAAAAAAAAAUAAUGGAUCUGAAUGUGAAGAAAAGACUUGCAGGUGAGGAGGAAGAAGAGGAGCAGAAGAGGAGCCGGAGGCCGGCGUUGGCUGAGCACCCCCAACACCUUUGAGCGAACCACCUGCCUCUCCACCUCCAGGGAAGCCCUCGGACCUCUGGAUUCGGGCUGCCGGAGGGCCUGAGCGCCUAGAGCCCAGGACCCGGCGGCCGGGGGCGCUAGCCCCUCAUGUUCCGGAGAAGGCGCAAAUGUGAUGUCAUGCCCAUUGUUUUGGUGCGCCCAACCAAUCGGACUCGCCGCCUGGAUUCUACCGGAGCCGGCAUGGGCCCUUCCUCGCACCAGCAGCAGGAGUCCCCGCUCCCGACCAUAACGCAUUGCGCAGGGUGCACCACCGCUUGGUCUCCCUGCAGCUUUAACAGCCCUGACAUGGAAACCCCAUUGCAGUUCCAGCGCGGCUUCUUCCCAGAGCAGCAGCCGCCGCCGCCGCGCUCCUCACACCUGCAUUGCCAGCAGCAGCAACAGAGCCAGGACAAGCCGUGCCCGCCCUUCGCGCCCCUCCCGCACCCUCACCACCUCGCGCACCAGCAGCCGGCCAGCGGCGGCAGCAGCCCAUGCCUCCGGUGCAACAGCUGCGCCUCCUCCGGUGCCCCGGCGGCGGGGGCGGGGGAUAACCUGUCCCUGCUGCUCCGCACCUCCUCGCCCGGCGGCGCCUUCCGGACCCGCACCUCCUCGCCGCUGUCGGGCUCGUCGUGUUGCUGCUGCUGCUGCUCGUCGCGCCGGGGCAGCCAGCUCAAUGUGAGCGAGCUGACGCCGUCCAGCCAUGCCAGUGCGCUCCGGCAGCAGUACGCGCAGCAGCCCGCGUCCACCUCCCAGUACCACCAGUGCCACAGCCUGCAGCCCGCCGCCAGCCCUACGGGCAGCCUCGGCAGCCUGGGCUCCGGGCCCCCGCUCUCGCACCACCACCACCACCCGCACCCGGCGCACCACCAGCACCACCAGCCCCAGGCGCGCCGCGAGAGCAACCCCUUCACCGAAAUAGCCAUGAGCAGCUGCAGGUACAACGGGGGCGUCAUGCGGCCGCUCAGCAACUUGAGCGCGUCCCGCCGGAACCUGCACGAGAUGGACUCAGAGGCGCAGCCCCUGCAGCCCCCCGCGUCCGUCGGAGGAGGUGGCGGCGCGUCCUCCCCGUCUGCAGCCGCCGCCGCUUCGUCCUCAGCUCCCGAGAUCGUGGUGUCGAAGCCCGAGCACAACAAUUCCAACAACCUGGCGCUCUAUGGAACCGGCGGCGGAGGCAGCACUGGAGGAGGCGGCGGCGGUGGCGGGAGCGGGCACGGCAGCAGCAGUGGCACCAAGUCCAGCAAAAAGAAAAACCAGAACAUCGGCUAUAAGCUGGGCCACCGGCGCGCCCUGUUCGAAAAGCGCAAGCGGCUCAGCGACUACGCGCUCAUCUUCGGCAUGUUCGGCAUCGUGGUUAUGGUCAUCGAGACCGAGCUGUCAUGGGGCGCUUACGACAAGGCGUCGCUGUAUUCCUUAGCUCUGAAAUGCCUUAUCAGUCUCUCCACGAUCAUCCUGCUCGGUCUGAUCAUCGUGUACCACGCCAGGGAAAUACAGUUGUUCAUGGUGGACAAUGGAGCAGAUGACUGGAGAAUAGCCAUGACUUAUGAGCGUAUUUUCUUCAUCUGCUUGGAAAUACUGGUGUGUGCUAUUCAUCCCAUACCUGGGAAUUAUACGUUCACAUGGACGGCCCGGCUUGCCUUCUCCUAUGCCCCAUCCACAACCACCGCUGAUGUGGAUAUUAUUUUAUCUAUACCAAUGUUCUUAAGACUCUAUCUGAUUGCCAGAGUCAUGCUUUUACAUAGCAAACUUUUCACUGAUGCCUCCUCUAGAAGCAUUGGAGCACUUAAUAAGAUAAACUUCAAUACGCGUUUUGUUAUGAAGACUUUAAUGACUAUAUGCCCAGGAACUGUACUCUUGGUUUUUAGUAUCUCAUUAUGGAUAAUUGCCGCAUGGACUGUCCGAGCUUGUGAAAGGUACCAUGAUCAACAGGAUGUUACUAGCAACUUCCUUGGAGCGAUGUGGUUGAUAUCAAUAACUUUCCUCUCCAUUGGUUAUGGUGACAUGGUACCUAACACAUACUGCGGAAAAGGAGUCUGCUUGCUUACUGGAAUUAUGGGUGCUGGUUGCACAGCCCUGGUGGUAGCUGUAGUGGCAAGGAAGCUAGAACUUACCAAAGCAGAAAAACACGUGCACAAUUUCAUGAUGGAUACUCAGCUGACUAAAAGAGUAAAAAAUGCAGCUGCCAAUGUACUCAGGGAAACAUGGCUAAUUUACAAAAAUACAAAGCUAGUAAAAAAGAUAGAUCAUGCAAAAGUAAGAAAACAUCAACGAAAAUUCUUGCAAGCUAUUCAUCAAUUAAGAAGUGUAAAAAUGGAGCAGAGGAAGCUGAAUGACCAAGCAAACACCUUGGUGGACCUGGCAAAGACCCAGAAUAUCAUGUAUGACAUGAUUUCUGACUUAAACGAAAGGAGUGAAGACUUCGAGAAGAGGAUUGUUACCCUGGAAACAAAAUUAGAGACUUUGAUUGGUAGCAUCCACGCCCUCCCUGGGCUCAUAAGCCAGACCAUCAGGCAGCAGCAAAGAGAUUUCAUUGAGGCUCAGAUGGAGGGCUACGACAAGCAUGUCACUUACAACACUGAACGGUCCCGGUCCUCGUCCAGGAGGCGGCGGUCCUCCUCCACAGCGCCACCAACUUCAUCAGAGAGUAGCUAGAAGAGAAUAAGUUAACCACAAAAUAAGACUUUUUGCCAUCAUAUGGUCAAUAUUUUAGCUUUUAUUGUAAAGCCCCUAUGGUUCUAAUCAGCGUUAUCCGGGUUCUGAUGUCAGAAUCCUGGGAACCUGAACACUAAGUUUUAGGCCAAAAUGAGUGAAAACUCUUUUUUUUUUCUUUCAGAUGCACAGGGAAUGCACCUAUUAUUGCUAUAUAGAUUGUUCCUCCUGUAAUUUCACUAACUUUUUAUUCAUGCACUUCAAACAAACUUUACUACUACAUUAUAUGAUAUAUAAUAAAAAAAGUUAAUUUCUGCACAUA